UCUUCUGCUCGUACACACUUUUUUUUUUUUUUUAAUAUAUCUCCUUCUUUUCACAUAAAAGAGAAAGCUAGAAGAAAGUGUUCAAACUUCAAAGAGCUCAUUAUGUAAAAUAAUUCUAUUCUUAUUUAUUCUUCUGUAUUUUCUCUGAGAAAUAUUAUCAUUGUUAUCUGACAUUGAUCUUUUUUUUUAUAUAAGAAAGAAAUCAGAAUUCUCUGUCUCUGUUUCUUUAAUGAAUAAAAGUAUAUUCUAUUAAUUACAGAUCUGCUCUUGGAUUUCGGAUUCUUCUUCUGCAAACUUGAAGACCGAAGCUUUUUUGAUCUUGUCCACAGAAGAAUCUCUUGCAUUUUCUCUUUGAAGCUGUCAUGCUGAAAUAGUAAACCAUUCUGGAUUACAAAGUUCACAUUUUAGUAUUGUGGUUUUUGAAUCGGUGAAAGAUGAUUCAAAUGGACGGUGGAGAUAGGCUAGGAGUGACGUUAUUAGAUCGUAUGUCAACAACAACGGUGGACACUAACCAGAGCUCGUUAACUGGUUUAACUCUAGAAGCUAUUCUAAAGUCUGACAAAAACGUAACCUCGCCGUCUCCGCCGCAGAUUCUCCCGCCGACACCACUACCGAUGCCGCCGUCUAGUAAUCACUCGAACCUGACGCUUCUCGAUGUAAUGCAGAGAGAGCACCGACACGACCGACACAGUCGAGACAAAACCGCGUGGAAAAGUCUUCGUGAAAAGCUCCGUCUUAAACGUAACGCUACUACUGUUUGGAUCUCGGCUAAUCCUAUCCCGAAUUCGGAUACGCCUAUUCCGGUUAGGGAUAACGAAAACCGCCAGCUCGGGUUUCUCCUGUCCAGCACUGGGAACGUAACAACGGAGGAAGCUUCGUCGGCGGAGGGAAGGGUUCGGUUAGGGGCUGUGUUGGCGGAGGAGAGAGCGUUAUCGGCGAGAGAAGAGGAAACGUUUGUGGAGCCGGCGAGGAUGUCUUUGAUGGAGUUGUUAGAGGAGAAUGAAGAGCAGAUGAGUUUUGUAAGUGUCGAAGGAGAAGCAGAGGAGACGGUGACGGUGACGGCGGCGGAGAGAAGUUGUUGUGUGUGUAUGGUGAGAAGUAAAGGAGCUGCGUUUAUUCCGUGUGGUCAUACGUUUUGUAGGUUGUGUUCGAGAGAGCUUUGGGUUCAAAGAGGGAACUGUCCUCUCUGUAAUACCACAAUUUUAGAAGUUCUUGAUCUUUUUUAGACUAUUCUGUCAAUUUUAUUACCUUAAUUUAUCAUAAUCAAGGUCGUGUUUCCUUUGUUGUUUGUGUUGUCACUGAAUAUUAGAGAGAAAUUAUGUGGUUAGUGCUUGUAUUGUAAGAUUCAAAUAGAAAACUUAACCAAACC